CAGAGCCAUGGGACACAACAGAUAUAGGGAGGGAGGUGCCCAAACCAGGUGGCAGACCCAUAAGGCGGAGAGGAGCAGGGCAGAGGUACCAAAGGCUUGAAGCGGAGGAGGAGAGCAAGGGAAGCAGAAGACAGAGGCACCAGGGAUGAUGGGAACAAAACGGGGCAACCCCAAGCUACCCUUGGCCCUAGUGCUUCUGACUCUAGGGGCUGGGUGGGCUCAAGAAGGGUCAGAGCCUGUCCUGUUGGAGGGGGAGUGCCUGGUAGUCUGUGAGCCAGGCCGACCUGCUGCAGGGGGGCCUGGGGGAGCAGCCCUGGGAGAGGCACCCCCAGGACGAGUGGCAUUUGCUGCAGUCCGCAGCCACCACCAUGAACCAGCAGGGGAAAGCGGCAAUGGCACCAUUGGUGCCAUCUACUUCGACCAGGUGCUGGUGAACGAGGGUGGUGGCUUUGAUCGGACCUCGGGCUGCUUCGUGGCCCCUGUCCGUGGAGUCUACAGCUUCCGAUUCCAUGUCGUAAAGGUGUACAACCGCCAAACUGUCCAGGUGAGCCUGAUGCUAAAUACAUGGCCAGUCAUCUCAGCCUUUGCCAACGACCCUGACGUGACCCGAGAGGCAGCCACAAGCUCUGUGCUGCUUCCCCUGGACCCUGGGGACCGUGUAUCCCUGCGCCUUCGCCGGGGGAAUCUUCUGGGUGGCUGGAAGUAUUCAAGCUUCUCUGGCUUCCUCAUCUUCCCACUCUGAGAACUCACACCUUUAAAAGACCAAUAUCUAGCAUCCGGCCUCCUGCCCUGCCCUGCGCUUCCCUGCCCUGCCUUGCCCCAGAAACAAGCGUCUUUGAAGCAAGAGAAGGUCCCCUUCAGACUGCCUGUAAGAGAAGGUCCCCUUCAGGCUGCCUGUAGCCCAACUCCUUGCAUGAGAUCCUGUAUCAAACACCGAAGGCUGGGAGAGGACAAGAGCAGAGCUAUGGAAUCUCUGGUCAGAACACUCCUCAUCACUGCCACUCCGGUUGCCCGCCCAGCCUUUGCUGCCCCUCUCCUGCCUGCAUUGAUGGCCAAAGCAAGAUUUGGCAAGAGAGGGGCUCACACUACUUCACAGACUCCACUCCUCCCGUUCUCCACCCGUUUCCUGCUCAGUGCUAUUUGGUGACAGGUGGCACAGGUAAGCUUGACAGGCUCCCACAGGGGCCCAGAUGGACCAGCCUCAUAGUACCUGCAGACUCCAUCCUGUUAGGAGUGCCAGCGUGGGAGAUCUCAGCCAGCACUGUAUGAACAGGGGCUGACAGCCCAACCAUAAACAGAAGUGUGGGGAGGGCCCCAGACCAUCCAUAGCUGGGGGCAUGUGCCUACCCUGAACAUGAUAAACAUUCCGCAGAUAAACUGGGACAGUCAGCAGGCAGGAAUCCUGCCAUCCAUCUGUGCCAGGUCCCAAUGGACUCUGGCCCUCAUCUCCUGACCUCAUCUCCUGAGGCAUGCCUAAGUGCGUGCGUGCGUGCGUGAGCGCGUGUAUGUGUGUUUGCUCUGCCCAACAGGUGAAACCAGAGCAGGUACACAGAGCUGGAGGCAUGGUCAAAGGUCACAUAUGAGCCUUGGAACAACACACCAGUGGCUGUGUGUCCUCCUCCUUGGCCACUUCCUAGAACGGCCCCACCUUUGAAAUCAGAUCUGAGUUUCAGUCACUCACACUCUUGCUGACACCUCGCUUCCUCCAGCUGUCUCUCAGCUGACUUCCCUACACCUACCCUGUGCCUACAUCACUCUCCCUCCAUCCGUACUCUCUCAUUCUUAAGUUUCCUGUUACCCGGAGCCCAUGAGUCAUCCCUCCAGCAACAGAAACUCUCUUUCUUCCCAUUGUCACCAUGGUCCAGCAUGAAUGGAUCUAUCUGGAGAACUGUGGCCAGUGAGAUACUGAACAGGGAUUACAAGAUUGGAACACAUGUGGCGUGUUGAAGAGAAAAUAAAUUCAAAUUGAGCAUAA